AAUUCUCUUUUCUCCUCUCUGGUAUUCCCUUUGGUGUGAUUCUCUCCAUCUUAUUUUCCUUUCCUAAAGAUUAAACUUUAAAAAAGAAAAGCAAAAUAACAUGGUUUUCUCUUCUCUUCCAGUCUAUUUAGAUCCUCCCAAUUGGCAACAGCAUAAUCAGCAAGGUGAUCAAAACCUACAACUUCCACCUCUUCCUCCUUCUGCUGCUCAUGUUGGUGGUGUCGGUGUCUCGAUCAGGCCUGGGUCCAUGGCUGAACGAGCCAGGCUAGCCAAGAUACCGCUGCCUGAAGCAGCCCUAAAUUGUCCCAGGUGCGAGUCCACCAACACUAAGUUUUGCUACUUCAAUAACUACAGCCUGUCGCAGCCGCGUCAUUUCUGCAAGACAUGUAGGCGGUAUUGGACCAGAGGAGGCGCCCUAAGGAACGUUCCAGUGGGCGGAGGCUGCCGCAGAAACAAGAAAAACAAAAGCAACAACUCAAAGUCAUCCCAAGCGGCCUCCAACAGUUCAACUUCUUCUAGUGCAGUUUCUCCCGAAAUUUCCGUGGAUUUGACACAGCAAACUGCUCAUUUGCCCUUUAUGUCUUCUUUACCUAGUCUCACACAGUAUGGUCUGGGGAAUAUUGGGUUAAACUUCGGUGGAAUGCAUGGACAGAUCGGAGGACAAACCGCGGCAGUAGUUAAUGGACCGGCUGAUUUGGGGUUUCAGAUAUCUAACUCCGGAGGAGUUCUGCAGUUUCCAUUCUUUGAGCCACCAACUGGGUUAUAUCCAUCUCCCGUGGUUGGAGAGAGUCAGCUCAGAUCAGCUAGGGUUUCUCAGCAGGUUUCAGUGAAAACGGAAGAUAAUAAUCAAGUGGGGCUGAAUAUAUCUAGGGCAGUGCCACUGGGUAAUGUUUCGGAAAAUAAUGAUAACCAGUUCUGGGGAGGAAACACUUGGACUGCUGCUGAUUUAUCAGGUCUCAACUCUUCCACUACUACUAAUCAUAUCUGAUAGUUGAUAUUCUAGAAGGUUUCAGUUUCCACUGAUCCGAACAUUGGCACAAUAAGUCAAUAACACUGUACGUUUCCUUGGAUCAAGCAGCUUGACUCUCUCACAAGUUCCAAAGAGUAAGGAAAACUGGUCUGAUAUUGGCCUAUAAGGAAGAGCUAAAGACUGGUAGAAGAUACUAGAAUAUUAAUGUUUUUCAUAUAUAUGUUUUUUGGGUUUUUUUGAGAGCAGUACGUAUGUGUCUUUUGGUGUCUUGUAUUGCAAGGGAUUGUUUACAGAUUUGUCUCUCUGUGAGUGUGUGUGGCUGAAUUUACAUGGGAUAUCUCCUGUUAUCUGACAUGAAAAUCUAUUUCUUCGGUCU